AUGCAUGAAGAUUGGCUUAAAGGUAUUGACAAAUCUUUAAAAAAUCACAGUCAGUCUAUUACUGACUACAAGAAAAGUAUAGAUUUUUUACAUAGUGCUAUGGACGUACAUGAUGGAAGCAUAAGGAACUUACUUAAUGCUAACAAUAACUUACCAGGAACUAUUAAAGCAUUUAUAAAGUCCUUUGUAAAACCUGGUGCUCUAACAUUUAGGUCUUUGAGAGCAAGAGCAUUGAAGUCAAGAGAUGCAGAAACUCCAACAGAACCUACAGAAGGAACUGAAACAACAGAAACUCCAAAAGAACAACCAAAACCAACAGCUAAUGAAAUAUUGUUCGAAUAUUUUCCAAGGUACUCUGUUCUCAUUGCAUACAUUCAAGAAAUACUUAAGAAAGCAGACUUGACUUUAGGAGAUGAUGAAAGUUCUGUAUAUCUUUCGUUCCAGUUUCAAAUAGCAGAACUUUUGAGACAGAUAUGCUUAAUGUAUGACAACAUCUCUGAUUUCACAAGAUAUGAUGACGACCAUGACCCCCAACACGGUGAAGAAGAAGUUUUACAAACAUCCAUUAAGACAGGAAAGGUUUUAACUCAAAGUCUCAUUAUUGACACCAAAGAUGGCGAAGUGGACGUUCUUCAAGAGCUGAAGAAAAAUACUUCUUCGGGAGGUGGUGGUAGGCAUGAACUUGAAAUAAAUGAGAUAGAAGAGAAAUUAGCCGAAAAAGCAGAUAAAGAACAUAAACACAAUAUCUCCGAUAUAAAUGAACUUCAAGCUACAUUAAAUAGUAAAGCGGACAAGAACCACGUUCAUUAUAUAACUUCAGACGAACAGAUUAUAACGGACUACCAUGGAUAUUUA